UAUGCGUGUGCAGCCUGCUGAGCGUCUGUGCUAAUGGAUUAAAAAGUUGACAAGCUCAUUUACAGACUCAUCUUGAAGUGAAAUUUUAAAAGAGACUACGAAACAACUCAUAUCUCAAAAACAGGAAUUAUGGACUGUAAGGAAGAGAUCAGUGACUCAGACAGUGGGAUCAUGCUAAAUUCUGGUCCAGACAGUCCUACAUCUCCCGUGAAGGACCUCAACACUCACACACGGGCCAUGAGGCUUAAGCAACAGGCUCUGGAGGACAGACUGGAGCUGUGUCUUCGGGAGCUGAAGAAACUGUGCAUCAGAGAAGCAGAACUUACUGGAAAGCUGUCAUCUGACUAUCCUUUGCUGCCGAAUGAGAAACCACCACAGAUCAGGCGACGCAUUGGCGCGUCCUUUAAACUGGAUGAAGGGUUGCUUCCCCAUGGAGAUGGAGAGGAAUCAGAAUUGCAUUCACUUGAGGCGGAUCUGGCCCUCCAGAGGCAGAUAUAUGAAGCAGCUCGAAGGCUGUCCCUUGAGGAAAACAUCAGCAAGCCGGUGAGGAAGAGUCGACUGCAGCAAUGUAAGCGUGAGGAAAAGAAAAUGAAAGAGCUCCAGGAAACUAUGUUAAAACACAGCCUCAUCCAUGGAUCUGUCUUACCAAAGACUUGCUGUUUCUCCAGACAGAGAGACCUGUGCAUAUCUGAUGACAGCUCUUUGUCUGACGCUGCUGCCCAUGAUGAUGAUUUAGAGCCAGGCCCAAUGUCCCCGACGGCUCUGAAUUCCGUGACUGGUUUCCUGCAUGUGCCAGGCCUCUCACAUUGCAGUGGACCAAAACAUGCAGGUUCCAACUCUAGCCUGGAAUACGAGCGAACACCUGUCCAAAACAUGCCAUGGAGAGAAUCCAGUCUAGAUCAGCCAUAUCAGAAGCAAAAGAUUCUUCCCUCUGCCAGCAGCAGCAGAUCAAGCAGUCCAUCAGGAUCGUCACUAGACCAGAGACUCGAUGACAUCCCUCCUGCUCCCCAGUUUGUGUUCAAAAGCCUGGCAAUGCGCAAAAAUAACUCCAACAGCGCCCCCUCCACCCCGGAGCUGCCACUGCGCCGCCACAUCUCCCAGUCCUUCAGGUUUCCCAGGCCCAAGCCAGAAGUAAGCAAACCGAGCUUAGAUCUGAGCCGUGGGAGGACGAAGCUCCCGCGUCGCCAUGUCACUGAUUUUGCCUUGGUUUACUCAGUGCAACGUCUGUAUCAGUGCAGCUCAGAGGACAGCAGCUCAGAGCACUCCAUAUCCUCCUACAGCAGCUCCUCCAGCCAUGAGCUAACAUCUGAGUUGAGCAAAGCCUGCCCACCUCCUUACGGUUUCCAGCGCCCCGCUCAACACAAGUCCCAGGGCCAGCGAUCAACCCCCAACAACCUUCCCAAAAACAACCAAACUCUGAACAAACAGUUAAACAAACAAACUGUGACCAGCCCCAGUCAAGUUAAUAUCCAUGACAGGAUGCUGCCAGAAAGAGAUAUAAGAAAGCUGAACCUGUCUUUGACUCCCUUAAGCACAAAUAAGCAACAAAUAGAAUUGACUUCACCUAAGCGUGUACUUAAACCCCCUCCACCGUACCACAGGCUAACCCGCACACCUUCACUGAAGGAGUAUCCCAAUCAUCCUAGCAGGCUGCUUCCCCGAGAUGUGGUCACAAAUGAUCUUAGGACAUGGCACUUGAUCAACAAUGGGGGUGAAAUUAAGAUUCGGCCACUGGAACGACACGGGUCUACGCGUGCUAAACGCACACCAGAUCAAGAGCCGCCACCUUACCACAAGAUCCAAUUUCAGAGACAGACUACUCAGAAAGUGGUCCUACAGCGUGCUCCUGAUGGAACUCCUCUGCAGUGGUACGAGGAAGAUGAAUGUGAGAUUGUAAGCCAGGUCUAGACCAGCUGUCAGCUGAAAUAAAGAAGCAUCCUUUACCCUUUUUUUCUCAUUAAUAUAUACCUUUUUUCAUAUAAUUAUUGAGCCAAUGGACUCUGACGCUGUCUGGUUGUGAAAAGCUGAUUUUGAGUAAAAGGUGAAGAUAAGCCAAAUUAAUGUGGUGCAGAUUUUCACCAAAUGUGGAGCCCUUAAACCCUGACUGAAGUCUGAGAAUUACUUAACUGUAAGGCAUCAUGCCAAAUUUUCUGUGAUUUAUUAUUAUUAAUAUUAUUAUUAUUGACAUGGUCCAUGUCUACACUUACCAUUUCUAAAAAAAAUUUUUUUUUAAAUGUGGUGAAAAGAACAUUUUCAAAUAUAUAUUGUGUGUCUGGUACACAGUUUUUAAUUCCAUCUGUUUUGGAGCCCCAAUUAUUUAAU